UUGCAAUCUCUUCUUUGGAACCUUAUUUGCAUUGUUUACUAACUUCAUAUUGUACACUCUACCACCAUAAUAAUAAACAGUGGCCGGCUUGACCGGCUUUUCAUGAAGGAAGUGAUGGUAUUUUUGUUGCGUCAAAUGUUAUAACUUGUUGAUUAACUGUCAAAGUCAUCUCACCUUUUCGUUUGUUUGUUAUGAGGUAUGAGGUAAUAAUGUGUUGAGUGUUGUUAUCUUCAGCUUAUCAUUCACAAUAAAUAGCAAUCAUGUUUUACUCAGCCUCUGAUUAGUAAAAGCUUUCAACUUAGUAGCAAUUCACUAAAAGAGUAACGAACAAUAAUUGACUGCAUUACGCGGAAGAAAUUAGGUUUUUGAGUGUUUCUGGUGAUUCUAGUGGAAAAUCACAACAUUUAGCCACUUCCGACUUCACAGACCAAUCGAUUCUAUAAUAUUUUACCACUUGACAACAGUGAUAGCUGCAGUGAAAGUUUAGAAACUCAAAACUUGCGAUGGACACAAAUAUGCCACCGGUGAAACCAUUUCCAGACCAUCCAGAUCCGAAGGAGUAUCUCCAUUUGUCGGAAUGGGAGAAAAUGUUAAAUGGAUUUCCAUACCGGCCCUUUCACAGCAGCUUUCAGGAGCCGAGACUACGUUGCAGAGAACUAGUUCAAAAGUACAAUCGAACAUCGUACAACGAUGAGAAAACGCGACGUUCCAUUUUGGACGAUUUGUUCCAUCCCUCGUGCAAGGCCAACAAAUCCAUGUACAUUGAGCCGAAUUUCCGGUGCGAUUACGGAGCAAAUAUCAAGGUUGGUGACUAUUUUUAUGCGAACUUUGAUUGUGUCAUACUGGACUGUGCUCUCGUUGAAUUUGGAAGUAACUGUAUGCUGGCACCCGGCGUUCAUGUUUACGCUGCUACACAUCCUUUGAAUGCAGCCUACAGACAAUUGACGGAUAUGCCAAAUUAUUAUGAAUUGGCAGCCCCAGUCAAAAUUGGGAACAACUGUUGGCUAGGCGGUGGUUGCAUUAUCAAUCCUGGGGUCACUCUCGGAAACAACGUUAUUGUUGGAGCUGGUGCUGUGGUCACAAAAUCAUUUCCCGACAAUGUUGUUAUCGGUGGAAAUCCGGCUAAAAUAAUUCGACAUAUGCCCGAACCAUCACCGGACUCCGAACCGUUUUGGAAGAAUAUGGAUGGAAUCAGUGGAAAUCUGAUGGACUUGGAAUGAUUUCGUCGGUCCAUUCAAAAACGUUUUUGUUAUUUUUCGGUGUAAAUCUUCUGUUGAGAUUGAUUCCGUUUCAAUAAAUUUAUUUUCAACGGACGUGACGUUGAAACUAUUUACAGUU